GAUGAAGGUAAGCACAGUUUCUUUUCACUCACUACUGAGGAACUACAAAGUCUCUGCACACUAGGGAUUAGGUCAGAGAAUGCUGUAACCAGAUCAUCUUGAGCCCUGGUUUUUCCACUCUUUUAAAAGUUAUUUAAAACUGCAAUUUUCUGGUGAGGGAGCAGGUUGUGUCAGUUCUUUGACAUAAUACCAGUGCGUGGAAGGUUUCAUUUUGGCUCACCCUGGUAUGUUUCUACAUUUGUUUCUACAAUGUCUGUGUCUGUUCAAGCUGCCAAGUAAUAGGAAUGAAGUGGCUCUAUCUUUCUCCAUUAAUAAUGAUCUCUACAGUCACUCCUCUCGAUAAGAUAUUAUUCCAACUGUUGCACAAUAAACUGAGCAAACAAUCUCCUUGAUAUCUAUUAAAAACUCCCCAAGUAUAUGCUGACUUUCCUGCCUUUGGGUUAGGUCAGAUAGUUUGGCCUUCCAGAGGUUUGCUGAACUGCAACUCCCAUAAUCCCUGCCCAUUGUCCAUGCUUGCUUGGCCUGAUGGGAGUUGUAGUUCAGCAACAUCCAAAGGGCCUCUGGGUUAAGUCCUGUGCAGGUGCAGGUGUCUGUGUGAACUGGCCACCAGCUUUAAUUAUAUCCAUUUGUUCAGAAUCAGAGCAUCUCAAGCUUUGUUGUCAUAACCUGGGGGAAGUCUUGUUUUUCCUGCGAGCUCCAGAAUUCUGGUUGCUACUGCCAAAAGAAAAGUGUUACUUUCUUUAAAAUUCUGACAGAACGCCACUGCAUGAAUUUGGUCCAGAAGUAUGUCGAUAAAUCUGGCAUUCUUUCUUGCUUUCCCUUAUUCCUCAAACUUCUCCCUGGAACAACCAAGAAGUAAAACUUCUCUUCCCUUGCUCUUUCCCCGCUACUUCAAAGGCCCUUUAAAAGUUCACCCGGUUUGCUGAUGAUUGUACCAAAUGAUUUAGGUUAUUAAAAACAAAAGGGGGGAGCCAAGAGCUCCAAAAGCAGUGGGGUGAUUAUUAUUUUGGUCACAUUGAUAAAUAAGGACUAUUUUAAUUCUGUCUGGACAUGGCAGGUUAUAUUUCUGGUUUGUUCCACUGACUGAUCACCAGUAAACAUUGUUGUGGGUAGUAUGAGCGCAGUCUGUUACCUUCUGUACUAAUCCUCUUCUGCUGAGCAUACACCACUAAAACUUCACACAGAUCUUUCCUGUUUUCUUUAAAAGGGAUGUUAAAAAUAAAUUUAAUGGGCUAGAAGCAGAAACAACAGGCUUGAGUAUUACACCUGCCUGUAGCACCUCUGGGCAAUUUUGUAUAGCCUUCGACUUUCCUAUUCCCCCCCCACACCCUUUUUUAAAAUAAAAACAUCUUAAUAAAAAUACUGGUGGCAGUUCUAUAUAAAGUCUUGGCAAAAACUUCCUUCUAGCUGGCCUCCUUGAACUUUGACUGCAUAUGAUUUAUGAUCUGAUAUUCUAAGCCACAUGGAGAUAAAAAACACACACAGAGAGAGGCUUUGAUAGUUUUGAGGGUUGUCUUCACACACGCUUCAUGCACAGCGGCUCCCAGACUUUGGAACUCCCUCACUAGAGAAGUCAGACUGGCUCCCUUCUUGCUGUCUUUCUGCCAGCAGGAUUUGUGGACAUGCUGUUAAUCUACAUUUAGGCAGAGGAGCCUGCAAAACAGAUGUGCCACAGAAUGUGUGUUUAGAUGCACUCCAGUCCCUGCAAGUAAAUGGUCAUUUGAAGCAAUGGAAAGACCUGGGGAAGAACUCUCUGAAAGUUCCCAUGCGGAGGACAAGGAAGAGGAUGGAGCAGCCUCAGGCAUCUCUUCCACUCUCUGCUUGAAUGAUGUGGGAAACAUGCAGGUGGAGAUGCUGGAGAAGGCCAGGGAGCUCUUCAGGCUCUGUGACAAGGAGGAGAAGGGCUUUAUCACCAAGCUGGACAUGCAGCGGCUACAAAGUGAACUUCCUCUCACUCCCGAACAACUAGAAUCUGUUUUUGACAGCCUAGAGCAAGACAAUAAUGGGUAUCUCACGCCAGUCGAAUUCAGUAUGGGACUAGGCAAGUUCAUAGGGAUUGGGCAGUAUGAGAGCUCUGGAAGCACCAGGCACGAGGAGACUUUUGAGUCAGGCUGGUCAGAUGACUUGGACCAGGAAGAGGAAGAGAAGAGGUUUUGCUCCAUGUUGGAGCAGCUCGAAGCAUCCCAGGUCUUUGAAGAUCAGAACGAGGUUCAGGAGCUCUGGGCUCAACUCCGGAAAGAAAAGCCAGAACUCCUAACCAGUUUUGAAGAAUUUCUCUUCCACAUUUCCUCAUAUGUCAGGGACAUGCAUCACGAGAAGGAAUCGAUUGAGCAGGCCUUGAAACGGAGGGAGGUAGACCAUGACCGCGAAAUCAGGUGCCUUUAUGAAGAAAUGGAGCAACAAAUCAAAGCAGAAAGGGAACGGCUGCUGAGCCAGGUAAACACCUCAUUCCUUACUCUCAGGAUGCCUGAGCUGGACACUGAGCUCGGUUGCUAAAUCAAUGAGCCACAUCCUUGCAAAGUGCUGGAGAUUUAUUUUUAUGCUGAACGUUGGAGUGAAGAAAAAAAGGAAAAGCACCAAUUUAUCUACUUUUUGCAGGGAUCAAUGAAGCAUGAGAAGAGCAGCUUGCUUCAGAAAGAGCUGCAGAGCAAAGAACAAGAAUUUGAGAAGAUGCUAUACCACCAGAAAAAGCUGGAACAUCAGUUACAGUCCCAGAGCUCAGAGCAGCUGGAAAUGCGGGUGCAAAAUGAGAGGCUGAAAAUCUUGAACGACAAUCUCCUGGACCAACUGGAGAGAAGCAAAUGGGAGUUGGAGGUAGCCCGAGGUCACCUGCAACAGCUGCAGAAAGAAGCCCAGCUAGAGCAGGAACAGAAAAACAGGGAUGUAUUCAGAGUCUCUAAGAAUAUGCAGAAAGAAAAGAAAAGCCUCCUGCGACAACUGGAACUGCUCAGGGAGAUGAACAAGAAGCUGCGAGACGAGAGAGAUGCCUUUGAAGCCAAGAAGCUGGCACUUGAAAGCAAAAGACCCCUCUUGAAGAAGGGGUCAGCGAUAGGCAAAUACCUAGUGGAGGAGAAGCCAGUCAAACGGCAGCUUGCUCCAGGAAGUACUCCCCUUGUCCUGCCAAAAGAUUUUUAUUUGGAAGAGAAAAACUGUAAACUCUUCCUGACCAACACUGCCAGUUUGAAGCAGGGAAGAGGAAUCAAUUCAUCUGUGGAGGAAUAUGCGGUUCUUAGGAAAACCGAGAGGCAGGAAACAGCAGGAAAUGUUGGGAAGCCAAAGUCUCUAAUGAAGACCAGCACAAUCCAGAGAGAAAAGACCAACAGACCUAAUUAUCUUCAUUUAUCACCAAGUAGGGGGCCCACUGGUAAUGAAACUGUGCCAGCUAGUUCUUCUCCUGACCGUGUCUUCAAAGUAGUGUUUCUUGGUAAUUCCGGAGUUGGCAAGAGCACCUUCAUCCAUCGCUUCUGCUACAAUAGAUUCCUGGCUGGGAUCAGCUCAACUAUUGGCGUUGAUUACCAGGUGAAGAGCUUGAUGGUUGACAACACACAGGUGGUUUUGCAGCUAUGGGAUACAGCUGGGCAGGAAAGAUUCCAGAGUAUUACCAAGCAGUAUUUCCGGAGAGUGGAUGGCAUCCUGGUCAUGUAUGACGUCACAGCAGAGUGCUCCUUCAUGGCGGUCCGAAACUGGAUGAGUUGUAUCCAGGAUGGAAUUGAAGAUGGUGCAGUGAUAUUUCUUGUUGGAAACAAAAUGGAUACAGCAGACAAAGAGGAACCCAAAGUCCCCAGGGCUGAGGGGGAAAGGCUGGCAAAGGAAUAUAAAGCUGUCUUCUAUGAAUGCAGUGCAAGGACUGGCUAUAACAUUCAGGAACCCAUGCUGCACAUGGCAAGACUGUUGACAGCACAUGAGGACAAACAGAGAGAGCAGGCAUUGCACCUGGAGGAGUACAACAAGAGGAAGGGAUGCUGUUUGUAACAGAAUCGUUCAGGGAUAUGUUAGAAAAUAAAGAACAGCCUAAAGCACAGAGUUGGCUGCCUCCCUGCAAGAAGAUAGGGAUAACUGUGAUUGAACUGAAGGAAGAGUCAAGAUCUUUUUUUAAAAUAAAGAAAGAAAAGAGUGCUGUAUCAAAGUGACAUGACAUCUUUUGCAGCUGCAAAUCGCUCCUGCUUUUUCCGCAAUGCUUCAGGGAAGUGCUUCAAAUCACAGCUCAUAGAUCCAGCAUUAUUGGCUUACCUAUAAAACCAUUCAAGCUACUUCACAGGGUCUCAAGACUACACUCAGAAACAAUGUGAGUUAUGCAAGUGUAAGUUAUUGCAAUGGAGUCGUGCAACAAUAAAGUGAUAAUGACUUGA